ACAGUGAUAUUUAUCUAAGCAACAUACAUAUAUGUUCAGUUGUAAGAUGUUAACUAAAUUUCUGUGACAAGCUUUUUUAAAAAAAUACUAAGAACAUUAUAAAGUUAAUGAAGAGUCCUAAGUAUAAUCUAGUAGUCACUAAGUUUUUCUUAAGUCUUCACUUUAGAUGCUAUUAUUUCUAGCACAAUUAAGCAGGCAGAGUCUUUCAUGCGCUCAAACACUGGAAUCUUUGGUUGCUACCCUAUCAGCUGGUUUGCAAACAAAAAGCCAACAAUUUUAACAAUGUUUUACGUGAAUAACCUGCAAACCCGAGAGAUGGAAAAGCCCUAAGAAUGCACAAUUGUGAGCAUUUACAACUAUCACAAGUGGCUGAAGACUGUUCAUGACGUUCUUCUGAGAUGAGAUCUCAAAGAAGUAUAGUUCAAAACAAAAGGUUCUAACAAAAAAAAAAAUUGGCAUAUGCAUAAUUUCUCCACCAAUUUGUGUGUGUCAACCAUUUAGUUAACUUUUUCACUUGAAAAAAAUGCACUAGAAAACCAGUCACCGUGUUUCACUAUCUGUUAAUAUUCACAAUUACAGUGGCUACGACUCAGGAUACAGCAUCACCAAUGCUGCCCAGAGACAGUUUAUAGUAAAAAGUUAAGUUCUUUAUACCAAGUAAAUGGUUGUCCACGAUCACUGGCUAGUGUACAUAUGAACUAAAAUUUCUAGAUUUGGGGAGAAACAAAUGCUGCUCUGAUCAUCAGCUCUGCUUCUCUGUUCCUCAAUUCAUGCUUAGAAACCUUUCAUGUUACUCUUGGUUUUGUCAGGUUGCUUACCUGUUGGGGUUUGGGCCUGCUGCCCCUGCCCAGUAGAAGAGGCUGCCUGCUGGGCUGCUUUCUGCUUUAACAUUGUCCAGUCAAAUGUGUAGUCAUAUUGAUGGCUCAGGGUCCUGAAAAGAAUGAAGAGUAGCUGCCUCAGAUACAUGCAAUCUGGGGCUUUCUCAAAGUGUAGCCCACGACAAUAGUUUAAGUAUAUGGCAAAUUCUGCAGGAAACCCCUUGCGUAAAACUUCAGCAGGAGUGGACAUCUUUUCACUAAUCUUUUCAUAUUUUUGUUUCUUUGUUGCAGCCUUUAGCCCUCGCCAUGGCAGGCUGGUUCUAUUAAAAUACAUCAAAACAUAUCCUAAUGAUUCCUUGUCAUCCUGGUGACUCUGCUCAAUACCAAGAUGUGCACUGAUGGUAGCAUAUAGGGCAAUGCCAGUGAGGUUUUUAUCUUCUCUGUAUGGCCUGUGUUGCCUUGUCCUGUUGUCUCUGUACUUUUUGGCCAAACCAAAAUCAAUAAGGAAUAACUUACUACAGUGACGCCCAAUAUCCAUUAGGAAGUUAUCUGGUUUAAUGGCUCCGUGUAUAAAAUUCUUUUUAUGCACAUGUUCAAUUCUACUGAUCAUCUGGUCAGCUAAUAUAAGUACAGUUUUCAUUGUGAACCUUCUUGAACAGAAAUUGGCCUUCGAGGCUAGGUCCCAGAAAAUCCAUGACUAGUACAUUAUAGUCUUUUUCCUGACCAUACCACUGUUAUGUGGCGGAUGCCAACCCCACCUUGAAGAAUCUUAUAGAGCCUGCUCUCGUACAGCAACUGGGGAUGCCUGGCAUUGUGAGAUUCUAGCUUCACUGCCACUUCUUCACCGUUAGUGAUGCUGGUCGCCAGAUAGAUGUCUCCGAAGGAGCCAGAACAGAUAUCCCAUACCAGUUUGCAUUUCCUUCCGACAAUGAAUCCUGCCUUAGAGCCGCUGCUGCUAGCCGUCCUGAGAGACAAAGAUGGAGGCUGGGCCAAGCCUACCGUGGAAGGCGGCAGGAAGCGGAACAAGGAGGCCUUUCCUGGCGACCAGGGCCCAGAUGCCGGCGAAGGGAACCUGAUGCCUGCUGCUCAGUCACAUUUUUUUUUGUUUGUUUUUCGGCUGGUGGUUUGCCAGGCCGCAGUUUGUGAAGGGCUUCUAGCGGUUCAGACAGGGCUGGGCCACCUAUUUCUGGGCAGCCGCUGCUGCCUCGCUUUCGCGGCGACGUCGGGGCUGGAAAAGGGGCGCGGUGAGCUGGGGCGCGGUACCGCUGCCACCACUGCCGCCGGCUCCGGUCCUGUCACUCCGCCGACGACGCCAUCUGGUUACUCCAGCUCUAACCAACACAAAAUGCCCCCAAAACCCGGAAGUCGCUUCUUCACGGCGCAGAGCACUCUGGGAAAGGGAUAUCCGGUGCCCGCUCCAAAGGAUCCGCCUCAUCGACUCAGAAUUUGAAUGAUUGAAAGGCACCAGAGGCUUCAGUUUACAGAUGGGAACAUUGAAAUCUGGAGGGGGUAGGUGACUUGUCCAAGGCCACAUAGCUAUCUAAUAGAACGCAGGACCAGAAUCUGCACCACCUAACUUCCUGUCCACUGUCCUUUCCUUCAUAGGGUUAAUAUUUUAUUCCAAGGAAUUUCUAAUCCCGUAAGUUAUAUUGACUAUUUACAAAGUAAAAGGUCCUGGUAUAUUUUUAAUGUACAUUCUGAACCUUACUGUUUUGGUCCUGCCCAGAUCUCUAUGGUGGAAAUCAGCUGGGCAUUUUGACAGAAAUAGUUUUCAUUUUAUUAGUACUUUACUAUCCUAAAAUCCUUAACGUUUGAUGACAGUCAUUUUCUAUACAUUGCCAUGAGCCUAAGGAUGUGCCACUAAGAAUGAAUUUGGAAGGACUGAAGACAAUUUUUUCCUUUGGUCAAUUUAUAUAUUGACUUUUCUUCCACUGGAAAAAAAAAAAACCCACAGAUAUUAUGUUUACCAUCUUCUCUUCCUGUAAGGAUAAGGUAAUAUUUAAACCAACAGUAAUUCAUGAACAUCUACUGAUCAUCACCGAGAAUGACCAGUAUAUAGUAUUCUAGAACUGUAGGCAGUAGAGCCUACUGGCUAAGACACAAGCUUUGACAAUAGUCUGGAAUCCCCACCUCUGCGCUUAGAUAUAAUCAAACUCUCUAGAAGUUUCAGUUUCUUCAUUUGUAAAAUUGAAAUUAUGCCUAUCACAGAGGACUAUUGUGAGGGUUAAAUAAGAUUAGUGCCUAAUACAUCAUAAAGCAUAGCUCUAAUAAAACUAGUAUCAUAUAUUAUAGUCGCAUUGUGUGUUAUAUAAUUAUAAUUAUAUUACUACACCCAUUGAAGAUUCUACUUGAAUGAUACACAGCAUUAAAAAUUUGUGUUUUCUGUGUUAAUAUAAAAAUCACUAUAAGGUGUGUAGCUUGGCUUAUUAUUGCUUUUCUAAAGCUGAUUUAGGAAAAGCCAUUUUCCAAAACUUAAGAGACAGGCAGAACAAGAUCCUUCUUUGAGAGUGGGCAUAUGUUUAGUUGAUUGUUUUCGCAGACUGAUGUCUGGUUUAACAUUCCUCUGCUUGGAGGAGAAGCUCAGAGACAGUGAGCCCAUGUUUCUUUUGAUAGUGAGCGAAGCCUUUGCCAUAAAUACAGCUUCAGCAGCAGCACAGCACAGGAUCAGCCAGGACUUUCACAUCUGACUGACGGCUCAAAUCCACCAUGCACAAGAUGAGCCCCCUAAAGGUGCACAGAAAAUGUGGUAAACAUUGUUAGUGCUCACCGAUAUUCAGUUCUCCUCAACUUCCAGAAUGUACAAGAGACUACACACUUUCCAGCCCCCUUGGGGCCACAUUACAAAUUCUGGCUCAUGAAAUGUGAGUGGAUGAGACCUGUAUGUGUCUGGGAGACAAUGAGAAACACUGCAGGAUUCUUCAUUCUUUCUCUUCCCUUGCUGUAACACUCAACCAAAGUUCUAGAAGUGGAAAUCUCCAUCAUCCUGGAGCACAGAGAAACUAAAUAGAGCAACCUACAUACCACCACCACCAUGCUACAGGAGUCCUUUUAAAAACAGCAAUAAAUAAACCUUUAUGUGUUAAGCAUUGAGAUGUGGGAAUUAUUACCAUAGCAUCAGCCUGGCCUAUCUCAACUAAUAAAGUUUCCGAAUAUUAUAUAACAGAAAAACCAAAGUAUUGACUUAAUAUUCUAUUUAAUUAAUAUGACAUUA